AUGGAGUGUGGAAAGACCUUUGCUCGAAGAGAUUAUCUUACUUCUCAUAAAAUGAUCCACACAGGAGAGAAGCCGUAUAAAUGCAUGGAGUGUGGAAAGAUGUUUACUGAUCGCAGCGGACUUAGAAACCACAAAAAGAUCCACUCAGGAGAGAAACCAUAUAAAUGCACGGAGUGUGGAAAGACCUUUGCUCUAAAACAUCAUCUUAUUUCCCAUAAGAUGAUCCACACGGGAGAGAAGCCAUUUAAAUGCACAGAAUGUGGAAAGUCCUUUAGUGCUCAAAAACAUCAUCUUAUUUCCCAUAAGAUAAUCCACACAGGAGAGAAGCCAUUUAAAUGCAUGGAGUGUGGAAAGACCUUUGCUCAGAGCAGUAGCCUUAAAAGCCACAAAAACCUCCAUACAGGAGAGAAACCAUUUGAAUGCAUGGAGUGUGGAAAGACCUUUGCUUGGAGCAAGAGCCUUAGAAGCCACAAAAUGAUUCACACAGGGAAGAAGCCAUAUAAAUGCAUGGAGUGUGGAAAGACGUUUACUUAUAGCAGUGGACUUAGAACACACAAAAAGCUCCACACAGGAGAGAAGCUAUUUAAAUGCAUGGACUGUGGAGUGUCCUUUGCUCAUAGAUAUAAACUUAUUUCCCAUAAGAUGAUCCACACGAAAGAAGCCAUAUAAAUAUAUGGAAUUUGGAAAGUCCUUUGCUCUUAGAUGAAAUGUUAUUUCCCAUUAGAAAUUAGGUGAAGGAAUAUUAUUGUUAUGUAGGAAUUAAAUACAAAGCGGUUUGACAAUUAGAAACAUGUUGAUA